AUGAUUCCAGUGCACCUGACGCCUGCUCCACACGUCGCCCUCACUCGUUCACCGAGGGGGGGGGGGGGUUGGGGGGGGGGGGUCAGAGGUACAGGGGGGGUCAGAGGUACGGGGGGGUCAGAGUGUCUGCUUUGGGGGAGUCACACAGAGCCAUUGAAGCAGUGGAAUAGCAGCCAAGAGGAGGGCCAGGGCCGGCCCACGCAGCAUGGGACGGGGGUUCAUGGGAAAGGCCCAGUGGGACCAGGCACCUCCCCAGCAGCUCCAGGACAAAGUGCUCCUCUGGCACCUCCUGAGUCCGGAAAACACAACAAAAGCAGUUAG